CUCUGGUAAUGUUUUUCAGAAAUUAAAACCUGUUUGGUGGCAGCGUGAUUAUAAAGACAACCCUGUCUUGGUGUAAAGGUUUUAUUUAGUCAGGAAAGACAAUCAAACUUUAAUUGGUUUUCUUUACAAGCAACUGUAAAAUAAAAUAAAUGUAUUUAUUACUUCAAUCACUAUUAGCUCGUAUGAAAUGUGCAGAAAUUAUCGAUUUAUGACAAUACAAAUCGUAUCACACUUUAAGGAUUUUCCUCUGAAUGACCUGGAUUAGUGGACUUUAAAGGCAAAAUAAAUUGUGAAUUUAACUUCUUUACAUUUCAUAUUUGGACAUACUUUAAAUAUAGACUCAAUCUUGAAAAGUGUUUUUUUUUUUUUGUGUGUGUUUGUGAAAGGUUGUGCAAUCUUGGGCGCCCUCUGCUGUCUUGGAGGAUCUAAACAGCACCUUAGUUUGGUUUAGUAAAGCAGGCUCAGUUUAAUUUGACCAAAAACUCAACAUGUUCAUUUUGCUCCAUAGCACAAAGCUUAGAAAAUCAAAUCAAGUAUGUUUUUAAAACUCAUACAUAAUCUAAAUCCUCCUAAAUAUUAGAGUCUGUAUUUUAGUCCCAAAGCUGAGCUCACAGGGCGGCUGAUGCAGCGUCGGGUCAUUUCGCAUAAAGAUGGCCGCAGCGAUGGCCUCACAUUUUCCUCUGUCUGUGUUGCAGAUGAGAACAAUGUCUGAUGAGGCAGAACAGAGAACGUGUGAUGAGGAUUUUGGUUCCGAGGAGGAGGAGGGCGAGGAAGGUGAUGUGGAGUCCUACCUGGAGGACAACAGCAGCGAGCUGGUGGACCGACUCAGAGAGCUGGAGGCAGAGAACUCGGCUCUGAUGUUGGCGAAUGAGAGCCAGAGGGAAGCUUACGAGCGAUGCUUGGAUGAGGUGGCCAAUCACGUGGUCCAAGCUCUGCUGAAUCAGAAGGAUCUGCGGGAGGAGUGCAUCAAGCUGAAGAUGUUGGUGUUCGACCUGGAGAGGCAGAACCGGGCCCUUUGUGAGCUCUUCCAGCAGAAGCUGCCCAACCAUCCCACCGCUCACUACCAGGUCCAGGCGGGACCCGUCCCAGACUACAAUGCACAGCUGCACAAUGACUCGGCCAAGCAGGCGGAGCCGGCCCAGACCGAAGCACAAGCCAAGGGAAACGGCCUCCGCACACAGCACGCCUCCCCGGGCCCCCGCGGCCCCGCCGCCUCCAUGGAGGCCCUGUCUCCGUUCUUUAAGAAGAAAGCGCACAUCCUGGAGGUCCUGCGCAAAAUGGAGGAGACGGACCCCCUGAAGUUCCACCCGUCCACCACCAGCUUGUCGUUCUGCGACUACAGCCAGGUGCUGAUGUCGACAGAGGCUGUUCUGGCCACCGCGGACCCCCACCCGGCCCCGUGCAAACCCAACCACGCGCACUGCCGCUGCUCCUGCGCCGACGCCGACGCGCACCAGCAUGUCAAUGGCAACGGGGCGGUGAAGCCCGAGGGAGCAAGCACAUGCUGUCCGCACUGCAAAAGAAGUCCGGACAGCGCUCCGAACCCGUGCAACCACGUCUGUAGUCCUCCGAAAGCCAGCUCGUCCGCCCAGAGCCAAGCUGCUGCCGCCGCCGUGGGCGACUGUCACAGCAAGGCCAGGCCAGCGGAGUCCAAGCAGUGUCCUGUCACCAAAGCCCCCCAGAAGCCAGCAGCCGACUCGGAGACGGAGACGCUCCAUCAGAGCCUGAAGGGGCCCGGAGCGGGACCGGACGGCUCUGAAGGUGGUGUUUCUGAUCUGCCCAGUCCUGUGAAGGAGGUGCAGAUCCCUCGCUGUGACACGGAUCCAGGCGGCGGGAUUCACAACGGCUUGGGUCCGUCGUCCAGCGCCGCUCUGAACGAGCCGUCGGCCGCGCCCGAGACAGACGCCACGGACCAGGAGGCUUCCGCUGUCCGAGCCGGCGCGUCCGUAAGCCCGAGUCCGUCCUGCCUCAGCGACGUCAAGGCCGCCGCCAUCAACUCCCCGUCCAAGCUGCUCAAAUUCCUGAAGAUCCCGUCGAUGGGGGACAAGGCCCAGGCGCCGAGCCCCGCGGUCCGCCUCAGCCCGCAGCUCACUCGCAACUCCAGAAUCCCCUGUCGCACCAACAACUACGAGGUGUACCACUCUCCGGUUCCGUCCCGCAGAGCCACCACCACCGAGAGGUGCAAGCAGCCCCCUCCGCCGCCGUCCAGGUCCGAGUCCUACCCCGCCACGCACUCGGCGCCAACCUCCCCUCCGCAGCCCGAAGACGUUUGCUCUCCGCCCGCCAAGGAAAUAAGCUACAGCAGUCUCUCCGCACCAAAAACCAGCGACGGCUCAAAGCUGGGACAUCUGUCUGCUGCGUCCGCGGGCUCUCCCAGAGCGUCUCAGAAGGUCCCCCAUUAUGAAAACGUCCUGGAUAUGUCUGGCACCAGGGAGGAGGAACCGACCCGUGGUCACGAAAAAAGAAGCACGAUUCCGUCUCAAACGAAGGCAAACGGCGGGGAGAGGAAGCUCGUUAAAUCUCUACCAGAAAGUGUCCUGAAUCCGUCCCCCCAGCGCAAGCAGUCGUCCUCAUCGACGUCGGAGUCGACGUCGGACGACGACGAGGAUUCGGACAGUCCGGUAUGGGUCAACCAUCACAGUUUGCCCAGCACAGCCGGCCUCAGCAAAGCUCAGAGCCAAGCCAGCUACCCGAGGACAAGAGACAAACACGCGGUGGACAUCACAGAAGUCAACGCGCCGAGCUGUGAGGUCUCUCAGACGCCGCCUCCGCCUCCGGUCCGACGCAGCGACUCGUCGUCCAUCCCCAAGAGGCCUAGCUCCGCGGCCGGGAGAACCCAGGCUGACUCCAGUCACCACGCUUUCAAAGACCGGCUGGCAGCGCUGGGCAAGCUGAGGAGCUCUGAGGACUUACACGCCAGGCCCGUCGACACCGGCACCGAGGCCGCCCAUGGAGAGGAGAAGAGCAAGACGGCAGAGAGGUCCACGGAGGUCCACAAAGAGGAGCAGAGGCACUCAAAGUUCACAGACUCCUUGGACGGGAAACCUAAAACCAGCAGCGUCGGUUUGAAGUAUCCCGCUUCGUCUCAGCUGUACGAACAGACCGGAAAAUCUGGCAAACAAGAGCUGUGCGUGCCCAAGGCUGAGGGCUCCAAGAGCAAAAUCGGCUUACCGUCCCCCAACACAGAUGCUCCGCAGGUCCUACGCAACAACAUCAACUGUCCUGGCUCCCUCAAUCUAGCUUACAAUGUCAAAGGGGGUCCCCAGAGUAGCAACAGUCCUAACAAGAUCCCCUUAAAGUCGCCAUCCAAGCCUUGCCCAGGAGUGUCCGUCCACCGAGGCGGGAAGCCUUCAGAGGCCCCGCGUUACUCGUCCAAGUCGGAGGAGAGGACUAAAAUCAGCGGGAAAGGAAAGAAGAAUCCCAUGUAUGGAGACAGCCUCCCGCCUCCUCCUCCGAGACCCCCGACGUCUGAGGCGGAGAAACCGCCGCAGCGGGCUCCCGCUCUGCAGUCCGCCAUCGAGCAAAAGGUGAUGAAGGGGAUCGAGGAGAACGUCCUAAAGCUCCAGGAGCAGGACCGAGGUGGGCAGGGCGGCGAGGUCAAGCAGAAGGCCUCCAACGGCAUCGCCAGCUGGUUCGGGCUGAAGAAGAGCAAGCUGCCCGCGCUGAGCCGCAAGACCGACGGCAGCAAAGCCAAGGACGAGAAGAAGGAGUGGAAGAUAAACAUCCCCUCGGUGGGCAGGGACUCCGCCAAGAUGGCCAGCCGGUGCAAAGAAGGAGUGGAAGGUCUGAACAUCUCAACCCUGAUGGAGAAGGCCGAGGGCCUGAGGAGGGCCCUGGAGGAGGAGAGGGCCUACGUGGAGAGGUCUGGCAGGGGCCACUCCUGUGAGGUGGUGAUGGACCAAGCUCAGGGACAGCUGGCUGUCAUGUACAGAGGGGGACGCUCCGACAACUUCAUGCAACAGCUGCUUAACAGGGUGGAUGGGAAGGAGGUGAUCAGCCUGCCGCAGCGCCGGCUCUCAUUCGACUGCAAGACCUCCAAGCCGGUCUUCACUCAGCAGACCAGCGUCAUCAGCCACACCAUCAGUCAUGACGACAUGGAGAAGGGAUCAGAGAGAAUCAGCAAGAUCACAUCAGAUGAAAACCUCGCAGAUUCAGUCCACUCUCAGCACUUUGCAGGCUCCGGUGCGUCCACAUACACCCUGGACAGCGGCAUCGGUACGUUCCCGCUUCCCGACUGCAGCAGCGGAGCCGCAGGCCGGGGCCCGUCCAAGGCGAGGGCCGGAGCUGAGCAUCACUCCGCCGACUCCCCGGGAAGAUCUGGGCGACGAGCGCGCACCCUGGACAGGGAGCUGACGUCGCAGGAGGAGUGCUUCGCGUCGCACAAGCAGCUCAUCCCGACCAUUCAGUACUGCUCCAUGCUGGAGGGGAGGAGCUCGGCUGGAGUCAUCCGUGAAGACAAGGACCCCCAUGGAGCAAACCUGUUCUCUCCUCGCUCCAAGACCUGGACUUUUCCCAACCUGAAGGCUCCAGCAGGACCUGCAGAAGUGUACCUGGCUGUGGAGGAAGAGGAGGAGGAAGAGGACGACGCAGUAACGUUCGGAUCACCGUUCAGAGGGAGCCUGAAGGCCGGGGGCCCCUCCUCCAGCCGAGCGGUCGACCCGGGCAGCCUGCCCGUCCCGGCCCAGUCCGGCCUGAGCCGCAGGGGGAAGACGCGCGCCCCCAGCGUCCCCGAGAUGAGCCGGGAGGCGGGGCUGGAGCUGCUCAGGGAGCGGCCCGAGGAGGCGCUCUCCCCCAGCCGCCCUCAGGUCCUGGAAACCCCCGAGUCUCUGAGCGACUCUCUGUACGACAGUCUGUCGUCCUGCGGCAGCCAAGGAUGAUAACGAGCGAGGGCGGGGGGGCGGCGGGGGGGACGGAGCGCCCAUCUGGUCUCCCAGUCGCUCGGACGCCGCUGACACCUUCAGAAAAAGACGAAUCUGUGCUUCUGUGUUGUCGGUGAGGAGGAAUCGGCGACGACUCGUCAGCUGGUGCAACUGGAAGGACGGAUUGAACUUUUCUCCUCAGGAUUUCCAAAAAAAACACCUGAAGCCAAAAGCCACCCGAGUAAUUUAGGUUGCUCACUUUUUCACAAUCAGACUGGGACUGUGAGCACCGGCAACCCCGCAUGGCCACGCUAAAGAUGAGCACAAAAGAGGACGCCACUCCUGCUAGUCGCUCAGAACUGUUAUUUUUUUUUUUUGUUUUUUUUAAUCCUUCUGGUAGAAAAGUCUUCAUUGUGUUCAUCAUGACAGCAGAUCGAUAGACGAAGUACUUUAUCGAAGCAUCCGUUCAGUUCUUGACAUCAUUUCACUGUAGACUGUGUUGAGACGAGACUUAAAAAAACAAAAAUAAUAAAAAAAAAAAAAAAAAACACGAGCGUCUAGAAAAUAAAAACGAAUGUUCAUGUCUGUGUUCUCUGGCUGCUUAACUCAUGCAUCACAAUGUUUAAUGUAAAAAAAAAAAUAAUAAUAAUUUUAUUGAUCACGUUGGUAUUGUUUCACAGCCAGCGACGUGUCUGUUUCUGAAUCAUAAUGCAUUUAAAAGGUAAUAUAUACCAGCAAUAAUAACAUAGACGAGAAAAAAAAAAUGGCUACAUCAUCUGAUGGGUAUGUAUUUUUUAUUUAUUUAUUUUUAAAUCUUCAUUUGGGGUCAUCUUUAUGUGAAAUCUGCAGACGUCGUCGCCGUGUAGAUUCAGCUCAGCUCUUACGUUUCGCCAUCUCCGCCGUUUGUUUCUUAGCAAAUAGAAAGAUCCUUACUGCCGUUUUUCAACUUUCUAAAUUAAAGUGUUUUGAUUUAG